AUGGGGAAAGGUAAAGCGAAGGUUGUCCCUCAGGAGAGGAGGGACUUCAGGUCGGAUCGCUUUAACAGCAGUAACAGGCCGAGAAGAGACUACGCGGAACAGUUUGGAUCCACUGGGGCUCAGGCAGUCCAUGCUGUGUUCCGAGAACCAUUACACAAGAUCCUAGAGAAGGUGAAGUGCGAACCUUUCUUUCAAUGGCUGAACAGGAUGGCAGGUGACCCCUCGAAACGUAAUCAGAAUUUGUAUUGCGCGUACCACCAAGAGCCAGGUCACACCACCGAUGAUUGCAGGAAUCUGAAAAACCAUUUAGACCGGCUUGUCCGAGAAAGGAAGUUGAGGCAUCUGUUGCAUCGCCCUGAAGGAUGGCAGGAACAGUCAAAUAUCGAAACCAGACAAAGUACAUUGAGGCUACCCAUUGGCACAAUAAAUGUCAUUCUUGCCGCACCUGGAAGGACCGGUUCUAGCCCUUUCAGAGUAAUGUCAGUGGGCAGGUUCCCGACUGAGCCGGACGAUAGGGAAUCCAAGAGAGCCAGAGUGAUUGCCACGCCCUUAAUUGGGUUCUCGGAGGAGGACAAACAAGGAACCCUUCAACCCCACGAUGAUGCCCUAGUCGUCACGCUCAGAAUUGGAGGUUAUGACGUGAAAAGGGUGUUAGUUGAUCAAGGUAGCGCCGUGGAAGUAAUGUACCCUGACUUGUAUAAAGGGUUGAACUUGAAGCCAGAAGACCUGUCACCAUACGAUUCCCCUCUGGUUAACUUUGAAGGAAAAACCGUCACCCCGAAAGGCAUGAUUAGGUUGCCUGUGCAAACAGACUCAAACAUGGUGGAGGUGAACUUCAUUGUGGUAGAUGCGUACUCCCCCUACACAGCUAUCGUGGCCCGACCGUGGCUUCAUGCACUAGGGGCUGUGCCAUCAACCUUGUACCAAAAAGUGAAGUAUCCGUCAGGAGGUCAAGUCAAAGAAAUAAUAGGGAACCAAGGAAUGGCUAGGCAAUGA